GUCUUAUGGGGCUGAUCGCAGUCUUCCACUUCGUUGUCUGUGAUAAUACUUUGUCAAUUAGGAAACCCGAGGCUACCUCCUUGGCAAGAACAUCAUCUUUCAACAAACACAACUGCGACGCCUUUUUUGACAAUUACGAGAGAUUGUUGACAAGAGAAAACAUAUCACUUGAUUGUGUAUGGAAUAUGGACGAGACUGGUGUUACAACUGUCAUGCCACCUGAAAAGAUCGUUGGUCGACGUGGCCAAAAGCAAAUAGGGGCAAUCGUUUCGGCAGAGAGAGGGACUUUAGUUACCGUUGUUUGUGCAAUUUCGGCUUUAGGAAACACAAUUCCCCCUUUUUUUGUUUUUCCAAGAGUGAACUUCAAAAGAUUGUGUUAUCUGAACAGCCGCCCAACUCUAAAGCUGAUGAGUUCAAGAAAAGCAAGCCAGCAAAGCGGAACAAAAAAGAAGUCA